UCUGAUUGAUUGCGAGUUCGUUGUGUGAUGUACAUAUACGAUAUGAUCAGGCUAGGCCUAGGCGUCACUAUGCAGGUAGGCAACAUCGCAGCCGGAAGGGGGCAACGAAUUCGUUUGAACAGGCUUGAAUAGAAGCUAGAAUCGCAGCUGCGAGAGGGUUUCUUGAAAGGAGAGUCGGACAUUUCGAUAGGCAUGAUUGGGGGAACUUUGACCUUGUACCUGGCACAAUGAUUAACGUUAGUCUCCUCUCAAGACGAGCAGUAGGCUUCCUAAAACCACUUUCCCAUUGGAACGUACAGGGUGUUUCCCCAGACAGUCGCUCAAUGAAAAAGUAUUGCUACCUGGAAAUAAAAGAUCGCUUCCGGUUUACUCCAGUACAAACUAUCAAAUCUGUUUGUCGACGUAGGCCUAGUCUACCCUUUUCAUCGACUCCAAUAGUUUCAUUGAAGGUUGUUUCACCUGCAAUGGCAAACAGUUGCAAGAAUGACGACGUCCCACCAAUGCUUGGUCCGAACAGUGCUCUACGAGACCCUUGCCCCACAGUUCCCCAUGUAGUGCUCAAUAAGGAGAUGAUUGGCAGCAAACAAGUCUUUGUUAUUGGAGAUGUCCACGGUUGCUACGACGAACUCCAAGAACUGCUGGAUAAGGCAGGAAUUGGAACCGUCAAUCCUAACGUCAUCGUCGUCUUCGUUGGAGACCUCAUCAAUAAGGGGCCUAAGAAUGGAGAGGUCCUGGCUCUGGUGCGUCGCUUGGGAGCUUAUUCAGUCCGUGGAAAUCAUGACCAGAAAUGCGUUAGUAAGAUGAUGUUCAUGCGACAAGGCGGAAGGGUUGAAGACAAAUAUAAAUGGUUAGGUACCCUGACUGACGAGGACUACAGACACUUAGUGGAGCUGCCGUAUACAAUCAGUUUACCAUCGCUGCAGUCAAUAGUGGUACACGCUUGUCUGGUUCCCGGAAUCCCACUUGUGUCUCAAGAUGUUGCCCACUUAAUGGUCAUGCGGAAUCUCAUCAAGCAAAAUGUGGGGGGGACAUCUAGUAGUGGGGGUAAUCCUCCGCGGUACAUACCGUUUAAGUUGCCGAUCCGGGGCGAACCCUGGGCCAGUCUGUGGCCGGGACCAGACCAUGUGUACUUCGGCCACGACGCAGUCAGGGGACUGCAGCGUUAUGAAUAUGCAACAGGCCUGGAUACCGGCUGCGUCUAUGGCCGACGGCUAACAGGUAUCUUCCUGACAGGAGAGAAACAGCUGAUACAAGUCCCAGCCAAGAAAACGUACUGUGGACCAGAUGGGCCCCUUGUAGUAGACUGAAACAGUCUUGAAAAGAUCUAACAUUAAAACACUGUUUCUUGUCAAACUGUUUACUUGAUGCAUUUAGUUUAAAUACCUUGCAAUAACCAUGGUGCCAAUAAAAUUAAUAAUAAAAUUAGCUGAUUGCAACUGUCGGGAAAAAACUUGUCCAAAGCACCCUUCUACGCACUAACACCAUACCAAAAAUAAAAAUAAUGUACCACCAAAAAAAAUACUCUCUUAGCAGAAAAGGGUCCCCCGUUAAACUUUUAUGCAUUGUUUGUUGCUCAUAAGUGGUACCGUCUAGUUCUUGCUCAGCGAAAAAA